CGUCCGUAAAAUAUUCCGACUGAUUCAUACAGGGAGCACAUUAAGUUGUGUGCAGUUCAGCUCCUAUAUAUUUCAUCUUAAACAUAUUGUCAAUUUAUCAAUAAUUCUGAAACAUGGCUGUAUCAAAUUAUUCAUUGAAGGUCAACAGACAGCUUUUGGAUGCCAGCUUUGAGAGUUACAGACUGUCUCUGGAGCCCAUACCAAUUUACAACGUAGAGCUAGAUGCUGCUGUGGCGGAGGUGAAACUGAAGGACAGUCAAUACACCCUGGACCAUGUGCGUGCUUUUGGCAUGUACAACUACCUGCAUAUAGACCCCUGGUAUGAGGACAGUGUUUUCUUUGUUGACUGCAAAGGGCGAGUGCUGAAUCUUACGGUUACCCUGGACACGACACUGGGGAAGCCCAUAGAGGUCUUCCACAUGCCCUCUGACCCCACUGUGUGUGAGGAACGUCUCUGUGCCUCUCUUAGCUUCACCUCUGCCACCUGGGCAUCUCUCUCUGACGGCGCGGGCAGACUCUACCUCCUCAGAACCAGCAUGAGAAGGGAGAAUUGCAGUCUGAAGUGGGAGCCCUUGUUCAGUGAGGAGAUGGGGGAGCCCUUCACCAUCCUCCACAGCAUAUCUCACGUCCAGGCUGGGGUCCACUCCAUGGAGGUCCUGCUCCUCCGCAUCCAGAAAGACCCAUUAUCGGACUCUGAUGCAAAGGGAAGUGGCUACUCUGUUUCUUUGGAGUGGAUCACAGUCUCGAACACUGCAGAACAGGGUCAGGAGAAGAAGUACAAGGUAAGGAAGAGGAAGGUGCUGAGGGGGAAGUCAGUGCCCCACUAUGCAGCGUUGGAGCCCCAAGGGAAAGGGCUAAUGGUGGCUUCGGAGAAACCCUUUGUUUUCACACAUGUUGACGGCGCACUGCUGGAGCAGCCUGCGACACAGGCCAUGGAGAUGGAGUCGAGCGCUGAUCCAAUCUACUUCUGGCAGCAGACAAUAGAGGAUAUAACAGUAUCUGUGCGUAUGCCCGAGGGCAUCACCAAAGACGACGUGCUCUUCAAGCUCUCCAUGGAAAAUGUGAGUGUGGGAGUGCGGGGUUUUGCCCCCUUGCUGGAGGGGCAGCUGCACGCCCCUGUGGACCCCGAAGCCAGUGCCUGGAUCAUCAAAGACGAGAAAAGCCUGGAGGUGACUCUCCAGAAGAGGAGCGAGGGGCCCAUGUGGCCAGAGCUGCUGACUGGAGGAGACGGGAGAGGAGAGUUCCUGAUGAGUGAAGAGCAGACUGCCUUGCUCCACGAGAGACUGACAUACCUCACUACCGAGGACAUGAAUGCCAACCCAGACAAGGACAAGCCCCCGUGCAAUGCCCAGGAGCUGGAGGACUGCGAUGGCUUCCCAGAAGACAGCUCCAACCUGACACGCUUCGACGGAGAGUCGCUCAAGCCCACUCACGUGGUGAACUUGGGGAGCCAUCAGUACCUGUUCACGGUGGACUUGAACCCAUCUGAUAUGCCUAGUUUCUGCCUGCGUCACGAUGUUGACGCCCUGCUGUGGCAGCCCCGCCCGGACCAGCCCAGCAAUAUGUGGGAACACAUCGCAACCUUCAACGCCCUCGGCUACGUCCAGGCGUCGAAACGUGACAAGAAAUUUGCCACCUGCCCCCCAAACUUCUCCUACGCAGCCUUGGGGGAGUGUCUUCGCCGGGUGUUCAUCUACCGGCAGCCGUCGCCGGUGGACACAGUCCUGUUCAACAGGAUGCAGGGUCGUCAGGUGGGCCUGGUCGCUAAGCAACAGGUGGCCAGCCUGGAGUCAAACAACAUUGUCCUAGGCUUCAGAGCCACCAAUGAGAGACUGUUCGUCCUGACCUCAAACAACCUAUUUGUUCUGAAGAUCAACAAUUAGAUCUGGGACUACUUUUAUGGCCAGUUUUACAGACACAUUCUGGGAGGGAGAAUCCCCAUUGAGAUAGCAUUUUAGUCCAGGACUAAGCUUAAUCUGUGUCAGGGAAUCUGCCCCUUAGAAUGUUUCCAUCCACCAUACACACUGUCUACCCCUGAGACAGAGCUAUACCAUUCCACAAAGUAAAAGGAGUGUGUCUAGAACCUACAAUAAGUGUGGUAGUGUAAUGUCAUUUGUGGUAGGGGUUUGAUCUGUCAGCAAUAUGUCUACACUUUCAAAUGUCUGUCUUCAUAUUUGUAUGUUAUUCUGUGAAUAUCCUACUGGUGUUGACACUGUAUAGGAGCCCAAAUGUAGUAUGAUUCAUGUUCUCACAGUAAAUUAUGCCCUCAGAAGCUUUGACCAAUAGAAGCAGAAUGUAAUGAAAAUAUUCCAAUAAAACCAAACAACGAUAUAA